AUGUUUCAUAAUAGUAAUAAGAAAAACGUGUUCAAGCCAAGGUAUGAUAACUCGCAAUCCUUCUUGCCUUUACCUGCGACAUUUAGUCGAAUAAACAACAAGAGGCGUCUACCCUUAGUGAUUGUUGGCCUAAUACUCAUAUGGUUCUUUUUCAACCCACUAGCAUUUUUAUCGCUGCAUUUAAAAACAUCUAAAAUUCCACAGUAUCCACCAGCACAUCCGUACUCAACAAAGCACAUUGUGGAAACGCUGUCGAGGUUUAUUUUUCCUCCAAUCGAGCAUGCACCUUUGUUGAAACAGCUUGGUGCUGCCAAGUUGGUUGCUACUUUAAAACUUGUCGACUCUGAUCGAGUGGAAUUGAGACCGUUAACCUUGUUGGAAAAUGAAAAUUUUGAAAUCCAACAAGCCAAGGAAAGAGACGAAAAUGCUAAAGACACAUUUAUGAAGGCAAAAAAUACAUUCAAGAACCAGGAUAGAGUGGUGUACAAGCCCAAGCCCGGUGCAGAAUACCCAGAUGUUGUUAUUGUUACCGUUGUUGAUUUCGACAGGUACUCAUUAGAUGGCUUAUCCAAAAUUGUUCAAAACAGAGUCGAUUAUGCUCAUUUCAACAAAUAUGGGAUUUACGUAAGAUGGAAGCAAGAAUUUACUUCGCAAUUGGGAUCUUUGGCUGCGUUGGACGAUGUAGAAAAAUCGAAAUGGACGAGAUUGUUUGCACUUGAAGCAGCGAUGUUGGCAUUCCCUGAGUCAUCUUGGUUUUGGUACUUGGAUGAAGAUGCAUUAAUCAUGGAUUUGAACUCAAACCUCAAUAAACAAUUUCUCAGUGCCGAGAUAUUGAAUCAGCGCAUUUUGAGAGACCAGCCACUCAUCCCUCCUGAUGGGUUGAUCAAAACAUACAAGUCCACCAAACCACAAAAUGUUAAACUCAUCUUGACUCAAUCAGACUCUAAAAUUGAAACAAAUUCAUUUUUGAUCAAGAACGACAAGGCAAGCGAAGGUUUUGGUAAGGCAUUGGUACAAAUAUGGAGCAAUAGUCUCUAUAUGAAUUAUCAAAGUUUCCCUUAUGGGCCAGACUCGGCAUUAACACAUAUCUUGCAAUGGCAUCCUUUUGUGUUGAGCAAAACCGCAAUUAUCCCAGGUAAGGUCAUCGCCGCUUCGCACGAUAUACCCAAGGAUGAUGAGACUAAAGAAGGCGGGAAAGAGAAAGUGGGCUAUGAGGAUGGUGAUUUUGUCGUACAGUGGAGUUCAUGCAAGACAGCACAAGAGUGUGAGACAAUUUUGAACAUCUACCAUAGUAAAUUGAAGCCAUCAAAACGUUAA